CUAUUAAAUAUAGAAAUCAUAAAUCAUAUUAGUUUUUAUUAAUUACGUUAAAUGUUUCGAAAAAUUAAUAUUACGAAAUCGUUUUUUGGUGUUGUGUAUUCAUCUACAGAAUCAUUUGUUACACCAUAUGUUUCACGUAGAAUACAACAAUUUAGAGAUCAGUUAAAUAAUACGCAUAACAAUGACAUACUCACAGAUUCAUUUGGAAGACGUCAUACAUAUUUACGUAUUUCGAUUACCGAACGUUGUAAUCUUCGAUGCUUAUAUUGUAUGCCAGCAGAAGGAAUUAAGUUGACAAAGAAUGAUGGUAUUUUAAGAACAGAUGAAAUAAUUAAAAUAGCUGAUUUAUUUGUAAAUGAAGGUAUAAAUAAAAUACGCUUAACUGGUGGUGAACCAACUGUCAGAAAAGAUAUUGUGGAUAUUAUUGCUGGUUUGAAACAGUUAUCUAAUUUAAAACAAGUUGCAAUUACUACUAAUGGAUUAACAUUAACACGUCAGUUGCCAUUUCUUCAAAAAGCUGGAUUAGAUGCAAUAAAUAUUUCUUUAGAUACUUUACAAGAAAAUCGUUUUGAACAAUUUACCCGUAGAAAGGGAUGGUCUAGAGUUAUGGCUGCAAUUGAUCUAGCUAUUCAAUUAGGUUAUAAUCCAGUAAAGGUGAAUUGUGUUAUAAUGAAAGGUUUCAAUGAUGAUGAGAUAAUUGAUUUUGUUAAUUUAACAAAAAAUCGUCCGAUUGAUAUACGUUUUAUUGAAUAUAUGCCUUUUCAAGGAAAUGAAUGGAAUCAGAAUAAAAUGGUUUCCUUUGAGACUAUGAAAAAAUUUAUUAGAGAUAUAUAUCCUAAUCUUCAACGUCUUCCAAAUAAAUACAAUGAUACAUCUAAAGCAUAUCAUGUACCUGGGUUUACAGGACAAAUUGGAUUUAUUACAUCGAUGACUAAUCAUUUUUGUAAUUCAUGUAAUAGAUUAAGAAUAACGGCAGAUGGAAAUUUAAAAGUUUGUUUGUUUGAGGGAAAGGGAGAAAUAUCUCUUCGAGAUGCGUUACGUAGUGGAGUAUCUAAUGAUAUUUUGAAAGAAAUGAUCGGACAAGCGGUGCAACGUAAAAAAAAACAGCAUGCGGGAAUGUUCAAUCUAUCCCGCAUGGAAAACAGACCAAUGAUUUUGAUUGGAGGUUAAUUAAUAUAAUAUAAUAAUUAAUAUAGUAUUAUAAAAAUUGUAAAUUAAUAUAAAAUAAUGUAUUAAUACUUUAAAAAGAAGCACAAACGUUAUCGCUCGAAUCAUUGUUUAUAAUCAAUGAUACAAUUUUAAAGAGAUCAUAAGCUUAAUUUUAUUUGUUUGUGCUUACAGUUAAAAAGAAACGUAUUCAUCUUAAAAGUUAUAAAGAUAUAAGGAGACAGUAUAUAAUGGAUUACAUGGGACUUCGAUUUAAAAAUGAUAUGAAUAGAAGACUAUUUUCCUCAUUGUCACAUGUAGAUCAAAGUGGCAAAGCAAGCAUGGUAGAUGUAGAUUCGAAAAACGAAACUAAACGUAUUGCAAUAGCAAAGGGAAUUGUACAAGUUAAUUCAAAUAUAAGCAAAUUGAUAGUUGAAAAUAAUAUAAAAAAGGGCGAUGUAUUAUCUGUGGCACAAUUGGCAGGUAUCAUAGCAGCGAAACGUACUUCUGAUUUGAUACCUUUAUGUCAUCCACUUCCAUUAUCUUAUGCAAAUGUAUCCUUACAUUUAAACGAAAAAUUACAUCGUAUAGAAAUCACAGCAGAAGUUAGAUGUACUGGAAAGACUGGUGUAGAAAUGGAAGCUUUAACAGCCGUAAGUAUUGCGGCUCUAACAAUUUAUGAUAUGUGUAAAUAUGCAACUUCCCCAAAAUAUAUAAAAAUAACCGAUAUCGAAUUAAUUUCAAAAACUGGUGGUACAAAGGGUGAUUUUUUUAGAAAAUAAAUAUUUUAUUUUAAUAGUAUAUUAUUAUACACACAUAACAUAUGCAUAAUAUAAUAUAAUAUAUAAAUUUUGUAUCUAUGUAUAAUCAAUAAGGAUUUAAAUAAUUAUACAAUUUAUUUUGCUCAAUAUCCAUUGAAUUAUAUAUAAUUUUACAUGAUUAUUGUUGGUAAAAGAAUUAUUAAAAUAUAUGAAUUUUAUAAUAUAUAUUUUAAUUAUGUUUUCUAUUAUAAAAAAAAUUAUAUGUUAUACUUAUGUAACUAUGUACCUGCAAGCAUAAAAAAUAAUGAUAUUCAUACUAUAUUUUAUUACUGAAUUUAUAUAUACAAUAAGUAAUACGAUAUUUCUUUUAUUUCAUUGAAUAAUAAUUUUGUUAAACAAUUGUUAAAUUAUUAAAAUAUAAAAAAUUAUUAAUCUAA